GUGAUUCUGAGCUCCAGACCUUCCGCGAAUCUUCUUCCAGAGUCAACGGAUCCGUUUCGCUUCGUGCCGACUGAUACGUCCGCAUAGAGCGAACCUGCUUCUCUCCAGACACUCGAAUAUCACGUAUGAGUCGCCGAGGUUCGGCAGUUUAUACGGAUUAGCAUUUGGCUGGCAGAAGCCGUCCCAAACAGUCGAUCGAGAACGAAGUAAAGCCGUUCCAUGGGGAGUUAUAGGAACACUUAUCUCACCAUGAGUCACCUACGCUUCCAGCUGUUCGUCCUGUACAGUUUUUGCUUUCAUAGCUCUCUGCACCAGCUCGUCCCCGUUCCGGACUCCGAUCUCAUGGCCGGCAACGAACUUCUGAUGGCCAGCGCCGAAGACGACUUGGAGUGGACUCAGGCCAACUGGCAAUUGGUGAUUCCCUGGCUCCUGCAGCUGCAGCAAGUGCGUCUCUGUGUGGCAGUGUCUAUAUUCGACCAGCAGCUGGUCUACGGAACACCCUGUGCGGGCCUGCUAGCCCAGGGCCCGCUCAUGGCCAGCUGCGACAUCGGCCACAUUGAAGACCUCAGUGUGACCAUGCGCGACGCCUUCGGACCAAUGCUGUUCGACACCAUGCAGAAGUGUCGUCCUGGCUUGGAGCUCUUCGGGGUACGUUGCAGGCGUAGGGCCUGACACGGCCACCAGAAAUCUAUUUUAAAUGGGCAUAGACUAUAAUUAGUUGUGUGUUUGUGAAUAUAAAGAUGUAAAA